AUGUCGGAGGAAUAGGCAGUUGAUUUUACCUUUAGUAGUUUGCUACCUACAGCAGAGAAGUUAAUGACAUGGCUUACAUACUCAACUGUAAUUGGUUUAAUAUCGUUUCCCUUGAUUGCAUUGACCAUUGACCAAUAAUUUGCUAUUCAUUUUUGGAUCUUGACUUUACUUAAUGCAGGAUUGUUAUUCACUUUGCUUUAUUUGAAGGGCCAACUUAGUUAAAUUGAAAGAGAGAAAAAAGAAUUCACCUAAGAUGAAUCCAAAAAGCCUUAAAAGAAGAAGAAGUCUCUGGAAAAUGAAAAGGAUAAGGUUGCUUAGAAGGCAAAGAAGGAAUCAUAAAAAAAUAAUACAAAGAAUUUUAAUAAAUCAUUAGGAAAGUAGAAAUCAUUCCAAUAAAGAAAAUGA